CUUUCGCACUGAGUUUCAAGCAAACAAAGUCCGUCCGCAAAUAAACAAUUAAUAGCCAUUAAACGCAUUAAAAUGACAAAUCCAUCGCUGGAAAACACCAGCUACAUGCUGAGUGAGAGAAAUGAGCAUGCAAGACGCAAUAUUGAACGCAUUUUGAAAUCGAAAUGGGUGAGCAACUACGCAGCAGACAUUUUGAAAACAAUGAUGGAAUCGGAGUUGCAACGCCGUCCCAUAUAUUACACAUCGACACAAAUCGAUCAGAGGCCGAUGCUCAUACAGCUCUGCCAGCGAAUUGCGCGCUCCUUUCAAUUGGGCCGAUGCGCACAUCAUUUGGCUAUUAACUAUCUGGAUCGUUUCCUCGAUUUCUACACUAUACGCUCGGACAAGCUGCAGUUGAUUGCGUUGACCUGCAUGCACAUUGCGGCCCAAAUUGAGCACACGGAUGCAAAUGUGCCCCGAUAUAGUGAAAUGGAUCGUUUGAUCCAGAGCGGUUAUACAGCUCUAGAGUUCAAGACAGUUGAGCGCAAGCUGCUCACAUUCUUUGACUUUAAGCUCAUACAUCCGACAGUAGCCAGUUUUGUGGAGAUGUUCGCUUACCAUUUAAUCACAAUUGAGGAUUAUUUUGGGUAUUGCUUGGCAAUCGAUGGUUGUUCCACUACUGCUGCUGCAGAGAUGAAGAAUUAUCCGCGCUAUAAUAGCUUUGAGCAAAUGCUGACGCAGUUGGUGCAGCUACUGCUGCGCAUGUCCGACUACACGCUAACCAUCAACAGGUUCAGCAAUGAGCCACCUUCGAUGCUGGCCGCCAGCUGCAUUGCAGCCACACGUCAGGUGAGCGGCGUGCCCAAGCGCUGGACGCCUUUCCUCACCGAUCUGACUUCGUACAGUGAGCAUAUGGUUGAGCCAUAUGUUGAUGUAAUCAGACUACAUCAUUACCUCAAUGAACAGUCCAAGGCGAAGGGAGAGCAGCAGCAGCAGCACCCGAUGGAGAUCAGCUGGUCCAGUCCGGACUCGGGCUUUGGGGAGAAUUUGUCUGUGCCACAAAUGGAAGUUGUUUCGGUUGAAGUGGAAACAUUUAAUGUCAUAACCGUUAAGCUGCAAGCACCACGUAAACCGUCCUCCUCCGUCCUCAAACGUGAUCGGGAUAAUGACUAUGGCGAGGAACAGCAGCCUAAGCGCCUUAAAGUGGACCAGGAGCAACAAAAAACCUAGCUUUAAAAUCUACUCCCAACAAAAAAAAAGGGCUUUCGAAAAGCCAAAACUUGAAUUUUUAUAAUUUCCUUUUUUCCUACUCAAACAACGGAACGCUAAACAGUGAAUGAAGUUUUAGCGUUUCAGUUUAAAUUGAGGACUUUUUGUUUUGCUUCCACAUGACUCUAGAAGAAAUGUAUAAUUAUUAUAUAGUAUGUAUAUAUAUAUAUAUAUAUUAGUUUGCACUUGCGAGCACAAUCAAAAUAAAAAUACAAAUGUGACAGCGUCACAACCCAGAAAAGAAAA